ACCUACUGCUCAAGAAACUCGUGAUUUUUAUAAAGAAGCUUCUGAAGAAAUUGAAUUAGCAGAACCUAGAAGGCGAGAAAUAAUUAGAUCAGGAAAAUAUUUGUCUGAUGAAAAAAGUUCUAAAUAUCAUCCAGAAGCAUUCUAUAUAAUAAUAAGUUGCUGUUCAACUCAACAACUAAAUCUUGCAUUUGAAACAAACGAGUAG